AUUUGUCUCAUUUACAACACUUUCCAUUAACACAUGACUUUAUGCACUCAAGAUUCAGAACGUUACAGAUUAUAGUAACAGAUUAAUGAAUCUACAAUCCAAUAGAUGUUUCUUUUCUUUUCUUUGUUCUCCAGGACAAGCAAUAUUGUUUUGUGCCUUGUGUUGUACUAAAUUUAUGCAGACUGAGAGCAUGGCGUUCAGACCUUUACUUAUCAUACUGCUGCACUUUCCAGGCUCUCUGACACUGGACCUCCAGCCUGUGACCUGUAGCCAAGAGAGUAUUUGUGCUGUGAAGGGGUCUCAGGUGACACUGAAGUGCUCUUACUCCUACGUCAACAUCAAAACUGUGUUCUGGUUCAGCCAAAAACAAAGUCCAAACUGGAGAAAUAACAGCGAACCUGAAGAUUUGACUUUAGACUCAGACUACUCAGGAAGAGUAAAGCCAAUCAUUGGUAGUUACCAUUCAGAGCUCAUAAUUUCAGACCUGAGAGAGAGAGACUCUGGAGAAUAUCAGCUCAUGUUCAUCAUGAAGGAUGGAAUUAAACGUCUCGGCUCAGUCGCUGUCAAUCUAACAGUCACAGACCUGCAGGUGAGGAUGAAUCCUGCAACUACAGACCGGAGAGAUCAGAGAGUAAAACUGACCUGUGAUUCUUCCUGCACCUCUGGAGAUUGGUAUUAUUAUUACUGGAUGAAGGAUGGACAGUAUUUCACAAGUACAAGCUCUCGCAACAUAUAUCUGUCACUGAACAGAGAUCUUGGCAGCCUCUCCUGUGCUCUUGAUCAAACACAUCAUUUCUCUUCUCUGUGUGUUUCUAAGGAUCGCUGCUGGGAUGUGACUUACACCUCUAGAAGAGUCUGUGCUUUGAUGGGAUCAACAGUAGACAUUUCCUGCACAUACUCACAUCCCUCUGGUCAUACUGUAAAUGAAACAUUCUGGCAUUACGUUCAGUCUGGUGACUUCAAGGAUCUGCGUGAGGAGCGUCAGUUUGCUGGUCGUGUGGAGUAUGUGGGGAACACACUGAGAAUCAAAGAGCUUAAGAUCAGCGACUCUGGAGAACAUCGAUUCAGGAUCAUCACUGACACAACAAGAGGAAAAUACUCUGGAACACCUGGAGUCAUUCUUACUGUUACAGAUACGAUGGUGACAAGCAGUCCAGACAUUAUAUCAGAGGGACAGGAAGUGAUAUUAAGCUGUUCAACUAAAUGCACUCUGAGCGACAAACACACUUACAUCUGGUACAAGAACGGACGGCAGGUAACGGAUGGAUUCACUAAAGACAACAAGCUGUACCUGGACUCAGUCAGCGAUGAAGAGCUUCAAGAGUAUUCCUGUGCUGUAGGAGAUCCAGUGGACAGCACAGCGUUCAGCCAUUAUACAGUCAUUCUGCUGGUGUUUUUACCUCAGUUUCUCCUAAUAGCAGCUCUGUGGAUGUGGUUUUUCAUCAGAAUUCGUCUACCCUCAAAAACAAACUAAAAACAAAUUGAAGACUCUGAUGUCCCACAUCUGUUCAUCUGCUGUCUGUCCAUCAGAGCUGGUGGAGUGAUGUCACUGUGAGAUCAUCACCUAGCAACAGUCAGAACUGUCAACAUCAGUGAUACAGUGAUGUCAUAUACAGUGACUUUUCAAUCACUGCUCAAUCUGCAUAAUCAAACAAAACUACAGUUAAACUACUGUCCAGGUUUUAGCCAUCCAUUCCUUUCCUCCUCCUAUAAAGAUUGUUAAUGAAUCCAUCUUUAUAAUGGGUGCUUAUGUUCCGUCUUUUUUUUCCGUCAUGAUUUCUUUAUUCUUGUAUUAGCACAGAUUUCAUAUUUUAUAUUUCAAUAGAAGAACUUUAACCACAGUAAUGAUGCCUGUUAAUGUGGAAAACAAUUGUAUUAUUGUGGAAAGCAAUUGAUCUGUGCUUAACUGUGAAGACAGUGCCACCUUCUGGUCAUAAAUAAAUAUAUAAAUCUGCCCUAUAA